GCUGAUCUUGUGCGUAAAAUAUCCCUGAUAUUUGAGGCGCUCCACGGAUUUAGCGAGCAUGCCCAGUGCGUCCCUCUCAGCAACAGUGGAAACCGCUGGUGAAGCAUAGGAGUCAUACCAAGCAUAGCCUGCGUGUCAGUGCAGUCGACUUACAGCUGGCUGUGAGGAGAACUGACGCUACUCAUAUUUUUGUAUUAUUUUAUUUCUUUGCGCUUUGUCACCGCUGCAUACUUACCCGUAUUUCAAAAAGUAAACUUACUGAGAUCACUUUCCACACGGGUUAAAUUUUGUUGAGUUUCCACAGAAGUAAAGUUGGAGGCUGGGCCUUUAGCUUUUUUACCGUCGCUUCAGAGGAGAAGGGAGAAAACAAGCUGGUCUUCUUUUUCCCCCCUUUGUUUUUAAUUAAAGCCCGAUAAAUGCUACUAAUGAAAAUGGACCUGUUGAACUACCAGUACCUGGACAAGAUGAACAACAACAUUGGCAUUCUCUGCUACGAAGGUGAGGCAGCUUUGAGAGGAGACCCCAGACUCCUGUCCCUGUCGUCUUCCUCCUCGUCUUCAUCAUCGUCCUCCUCAUCUUCCUCCUCCAGCCACAGGACGGGUCCUCCUCCCAUCAGCCCCACUAAGAGGAAGCUGAGUGGUGAUCAGGGGGACAGCGACAUGGAUGAAAAUGAGCACGUGGCAAAGAUGAGUCGACUGUUUGCCGCGCAGCUGAAACCUAAUGGAGAUUAUCGCAGCUCUCCUGGCUCCAAGGACCGCAGCAGGAGCCCCAUCGAACGUGUGGUGGUGCCGGGUGCUCUGGGAGUGCCGAGCAACCACAUGUACAGCCACCCCCAUCACCUCCACCUGGCCAGCUUAGCUACCAUGGACCAGCCACUGGCACUUACCAAAAACAGCAUGGUGGAGUCAGCGCGCAGCAACACAGCAGCUAUGGCUACAGUGCUGCACACAGUCAGCACUGUGGAACGCCAGCAGAAUCGUCCCUCAGUGAUCACAUGCGCCCCAGCAAACAACCGCAACUGCAACCUGUCUCACUGUACAGUCUCCCACAACGGCUGCUCCAACUUCACCAAUAACUACAGGAGAAGCAACACCAACACAGUGUGCGACCCUGUGAUUGAGGAACAUUUCCGUCGCAGCCUUGGGAAAAACUACAAGGAGCCCGAGCCCACCGCCACCAACUCGGUGUCCAUCACGGGCUCAGUGGAUGACCACUUUGCCAAGGCGCUCGGCGAAACCUGGCUGCAGAUCAAAAACAAAGGGAGUCCCUCGUCAUCUGGCAGCAGCCCAAACUCCUCCCCUGACAGUCGCAUGGUCAAUCACAACCACUCCCCUUCUGUCGUCUCCUGAAGGGGGUGGAUAGACCCCAGUUUUCCCGAUCCUUAUCCUGGCUCUAACAUCCAUGCCCCCAUCACUUUGGUCUGUCACCAGCAUCCCAGAGGGAAUGCUUGUCUGCUGGUCUGCUAAAAAUAUCUAAAACCCUCAAGCCCGCUCUCUCACUGUGCACUCAUAGAGGAUCAAUCGAGCAAUAACAACACAGUCAUUUUUCCCAUCUGUCCUCUGGUAUGCUAAUGCCAGACAAUCAGUAAUGAGUGAUGAGGGUUUAGCCUGGAGCUUAGGUGGAGCAUGAGCUUGCUCCUUCCAGUCAUACAUCAUCCUGCAUGUCAAGCUUGGAGCUGAGCAAGUGUCUGUAGUUAUAUGUAAAUAUGGAGAGAACGGAAAAGGAGGUGUUUUAAUUAUUAAUUUUUUUUCUUUUCUUCUUUGUUGUUAUUUUUCUUUAACGGUAGUUUUGUGUACUUGCUUCUGCGUUAUGCGAUGCCCGACGUUUCAAAGGAAAGAUGAGCGAGAAACACUUUGGAGAAAAUGAACAUAAACCACCUGACUGUUCUACCAAAGAAACCUCAGACGCUGAUGUUUAUCCAUGCCCACCUCGGAAACAAAACAACAAAAAGCCAUCUUGCAAUCACCUCCCUCUGUUUUUAUCUUCUUUCAUCCUCUCACCUGCCUUCCCCCUCUCCCCCCCCCUCACUUUUCCUCUCUCUCUUCUGUGUAUGUGUUCUCGUGGUUUUGUUACUGUAUGUGUAUACUUUAGUGAUCGACUCGGUCUGAUUUGCACUACUGCCGUAGAGAGUAAAGGGUGGCAUGUCAUUUUGCGAUGUGGCACUGAACACACUGGGACGGAUGAGGCUGACUUUGACACGAUGGCAUAUUAUUCCAACUUUUGUUGGAAUAGCCAUUUUUGCAUGCCAUUAACUCCUCUCUGAAAUCUACCCGUGCACAUUUCCACCCCAGCGCUGGUAGAAAAGCGUGAACAAGGUCAUUAUCCAUUAUUUAUUGAAAGCAUUUAGGAAAAUGUAAACACGCCUUUAUGGCGUUGGGCAGUAGACGCAUGACUCACAGCAAGCUUUUGACUUUUGAAACUUCAGUAGUGAAGCUGUUAGCUGAAAACACACACAUAGGUGAAAAACAGCCACCAGCACUUCACUAAGGAGUAGUUAUAUUGAGAGCUGCAAGUAUUAAUAUAAAUAAAGAGAAAAGUUAUUGGAGGGACUUAAAAAUUUACCAUCCACCAUUAGUCACCAAACCGCUACAUCAUAUUGUGAGAACAAGGUUAUAAGUAGGUUGAAUUAAACACUAGAAUUGCAGCUUGUAGAUUUGGUCUAAUGUGGCCAUAAGAUGUGUAAAUAUGAAUGUUUGUAUGUGGUUUAUACAGAUACCUAAAAAGCAAAAGACUCCUUGGUUUGAUC